AAUCGCCACUGCUAGACCUAGAAUCCUGUGUUAGCAGAGUGCGGGAAAAAAAAUGGAAGAGCUGAAAUCAGCAAUGGAAGCUCACUUGGACCAAAUGGCGGAUCUUGUCCAGAAACUCUCCUCGGAGCUCCGAUCCGGAUUCCGACCCGCCAUUGAUAAUUUUAUCGGUUUCUUCCAUGCCAUUGACUGGACGGAACCUUGGCUGAUGGGGCUAAUAGGAUUCCAUCUCGUGUUGCUGGUACUAACAGUUGUUUCAAGGAAACAUAUUAACUUCCAGAUGUGUCUGUUCCUUGUAGCUUUGGCUGGUGUAUACUUAGCAGAGAGGCUUAACACAGUCAUGGGUGACCGCUGGAGGAGCUUUGCAAGCCAGAAUUACUUCGAUCCACAUGGACUUUUUCUUUCAGUACUCUGGUCUGGGCCUCUUCUUAUCAUUGCAACCAUUAUUUUGAUAAACUCCCUCUUUUCCCUGUGUUACAUGAUUGUUCGGUGGAAAAGGGCUGAGCUAAGACAUCGAGCUAGGCUGGCUCGUGAAAGUAACAAGCAGGAUUGAUCUUCUCUUGCCUGCUGAUCUGUGAGAAAGAUCGAAGAGCCUCUUCUUCCCUUGAGGCAGUUUUGCAGUUACAAGUUAUACUGGGGAUACGUAUGUUUUCUCUAUCCUACAAAGUCAUUUUCUUCUUCUAUUCAGUUUCGAAUGGUGUAAUAUAUAACCCUGCCAUGCACACCAGUGCAUUUUACGGCCAGUGGAUUCAAUUAGUUAACAAACCUAAACUCUUACCUCUUUUGAAUGCUUUGCAGC